UAAAGUAUCAAACACUUUCAUGGAUCGAGUUUAAUGUAGUAACAUUUUGGAUAGUUUUAUGAGGCGGGACCCAGAAGAAACACUGUUUUGAUUUGCAGGGGACCAAUCGGCGAAGGGAAAAGAUCAGAAGAAAGCAUAAAAUUGCCGAUUUCCCCUCCCUCCUACUGAUGACGAUGCGGAUGCACUUCGAGGUUUGUUCAUCGCUCGUCCGUCUCAGCAUCGGGGGGAAGAAGUUUUGCACGACAGUGGGUACCUUAACUCAAAGGGAGCCUGAUUCAAUGCUUGCUGCGAUGUUCAGUGGCCGUCACACUCUAUGCCAAGACUCGGAGAAGGGGUAUGUCUUUGUCGAUAGGGAUGGUAAACAUUUUCGGCAUAUUUUAAACUGGUUGAGGGAUGGUGUUGUUCCCACUUUGGAAGAUAAUGAAUAUUCAGAGCUUCUUCGGGAAGCAGAAUACUAUCAGCUUCUUGGACUGAUAGAAGGAAUCAAUGCUGCUUUGGAUAAGAGGAAAGAGAAUGAGGAGUUGGAUUCUGAAUUGACACGUACUGAUAUCAUCAAAUGCAUUCAGUCUGAAAAAGUCAGGUUUCGAGGAGUGAACCUUUCUGGCCUUGAUCUUUCUAAGCUGGACCUUUCUUAUGUGGACUUCAGUUAUGCAUGCCUUAAAAAUGUAUUCUUCUCACGUGCAAACCUUCAGUGUGCAAAAUUUCGGGAUGUUGAUGCUGAGGGUUCCAUUUUCCACAAUGCAACUUUGCGCGAAUGUGAAUUCACAGGAGCAAAUCUUCGUGGAGCUUUAUUAGCUGGAGCUAAUCUUCAGAGCGCAAACUUACAAGAUGCUUGUUUAACAGAUUGUAGUUUCUGCGGGGCAGACCUGCGUUCUGCACACCUACAGAGUGCAGAUCUUACUAAUGCAAACUUGGAAGGAGCUAAUCUAGAAGGGGCCAACUUAAAGGGUGCAAAAUUGAGUAAUGCAAAUUUGAAGGGUGCCAACCUUCAACGAGCUUAUCUACGACAUGUCAAUCUUCGUGAAACAGUGAGUACAUAUGAAACUAUUUCCCGUGAUGAAUUUAUUUGUCUUUUACAAAAUCUGAUCGCAUCACUUGCAGCCAUUGCGUAUUAAAGUAACCAUAAGAAGGAAUAGCAAGGUUACUGCCUUUUUUUUAAUGGAAAACUAAAGUCUGGGGCGCGAUUUGAACUCUGAAUAGCUCCUUUUCGCCUGCUCGAUUUGGCUUAGUUGUGCUAUUUUUGGGUUAUUUUCUCCAAAGGUCAAGGAUGCGUCUUGGUUUCAUGCAUCUUCCAGAGAAAACCAUCACAUAAAUUUGAUACCUCCAUCCAAGAUUGCAACUUUAAAGCUCCUUUUAAAAUCCCUUUGGCUCCAUCUGGCUUUAGAAAGUUAUUGAAAUCUUGAAGCUCUAAUGUUUGAAUGGCACACCUCCGCAUGUGCAUUGUAUAGUCUUAGAGGGUUUCGUUUUAUCUUGUGUUUUUUUAUUUUGCUCACAGCAAUUGGAAGGUGCGAGGCUUGAUGGUGCCAAUUUGCUCGGAGCGAUCAGAUAAUUCUCAAGAGUGACAAAA